AUGUAUAUAUUUUUCUUUGCUUUUCGAGUCCUUUUGGCAGUAUGAAUACCUUAUAAUUCAAGAUAAUACCAUAAGCACUUCCUUAUGCUGAUGAAAUGUGGUAAGGCCCUGAAAUAGCUCAUAAUGAUGUUUUUGGAUAUGGAUGGCUAACUUGGGAAUGGACAAGGGAUAAGCCAUUGCGCGGCCCCAUUUAUCAUAGCUUAUUUAGUUUAUUAUAUUGGAUAUUGAGCAAACUGAAUUUAGAUCAUCCCUAAAUGAUAGCUUAUGGUCCCAGAAUGUAUGAUAUUCAUAUCUAGACAUUUAGAUUAUAGUGUGCUAUUUCAGCUAUUUAUGAUGUAUAUUUGAUCAAGUUGCUUACACUAGAAGGAAUAAGAAAUAAAGCAUAUGUAAUUUUGGUUAAUUAUACCCUUUGGUUUUCCUUGAAUUGCUUUUCAAAAACACUAAUCAACACUUUUGAAACUAUUCUCUUUACAUUAGCCUUAUAUAAUUGGGUCUAAUAUUUAUAAACUAAUCACAAUAAAAACAACUGGUUUUGUAGAUUAUUUGUAAUUCUGAAUGUUAUGGCACGUCAAUCAGCUAUAAUUCCUUGGAUAUUCAUAUGGGUAAUUAUACUUUAUAAUGUCAUUAUAGCCUUAUCAUUUAAUAACUGCAAAAACCAAUCUUAAGGGAAGAUUUGUGAUUUUAGUAAUAAAUGGAAUUACUCUCCUACUAUUAUUUUUAUUCUCUAUUUCUGUUGAUUCAUUAUAUCAUGGUAAAUUAACAUCUACCUUUUACAAUUUUUUGGAGUUUAAUUUAUUGUCGGGAAUGAGUUCAUUUUAUGGAGUGCAUGAUAGAUUAUGGUUUAUUACUUAAGGGUUACCAUAUGUGUAACUUGGUUGGGUAGUCUCAUUUAUUGUUGGAAUGUAAUAGUGAUUAUAUAAAAUUAGAUAUUCUUAUACAAAGAAAGGAUUAUUCAGUGCCUAGCCAUUAAGAUUACUGUAUUAUAUGAUGUUCACAAUUUUAAUAUUGAGUCUAUCAGCUCAUAAAGAGGAUAGGUUCUUACUUCCCUUGUUCCCUAUCAUUAUAUACUUUAUUUGCUUAGGUUUGGAAUAUUUGGAUAAAAUUAAUUGGAAAAAAUUGAAAUUGGUUUUAGUAAUUUUGGCUGUCAUCUCCAACAUUUCUUUCUUCGUUUUGAUGAAUACUUAUUAAGAUGUUGGAGCCUUGAAAACUAUGGCAGUUUUAAGGUAAAGGAAUGCUACUUAAGUCUAAUUUUUCACUCAAUGCCACAGAACUCCAUUUUACAGUUUUAUUCACCAGAAUAUUUCAAUGACAUUUCCUGACUGUUCCCCUACUAAUGAUGUUACAUCUUUAGAAACUUAUCAAUUGCAUUAAGAUUCUGCUAAUUACAUUAAAAAGAAAUUAUAAUAUUCUAAAUUGCCUUCUCACAUUGUAAUUUAUAAUUAUUUGAUGAAUGAUAAUGUUCAAAAAUUAUUAGAUUAGUAUGAUAAAGUAAUAUGAUUUAAUAAUAAAUUAUAGAUUGAAUCAAUUUACCAUUAAUAUUAUACAGAUACCUAUUUUGAGGAUUAGAAGGACAUUUAUAUACAGAUAUAUGAAUUGCACUAAUGA